AUGUUGAUUAAUGAAUCAGCAGGUAAUGCUUUUAAUCCUGACACACCUGUGGCUGAUGAGACAGAAGAAAAGCAAGAUGGAAUCGGUAAUACCAUCGCUAAUUUAACCUACUACCUGGCGAUAGUGGUCUUUGGAUGUCCAGGAAAUGCCGUCAUCGUCCAAGCUUAUGCGUGGAAGAAACGGAAGACGAGCACGGAUAUCUUUAUCAUGGCCCAAGGGAUGGUCGACUUCAUCGCUUGUGUUUUUACCCCAACAACCCUCAUUCGCAGUACGUUCCGCAGUCUGAUUACUGUGAGCGUGUGCCGUUUUGCAAGUCUUGCUGGAAAUGCAACGGCCUUGGCGUCCCUGUUAAUGACCGCAGUCAUCAGUAUCGAUCGUUAUACCGCUGUAUGUCGUCCAUUGCGACGACGAGUGACGACUACAUGGGUCUCCAUAUCCGUCGCCAUAGCUUGUGUGGUCAUCUCCAGCGCGAUCACCAUUCCAACAGACAUAUCUAUGGAUGUCAGGUACGUUAAUGAAACUAGGGUGAAGUUCUGCUACUUGCGACGUUCUGGAUUGACGCAUGUUGCCUCAUUUGUGGGCAUUCUGCUGUUCGGCGCCUCAUUUCUGACAAACACUGUCUGCUAUUUUAAGAUCUACCAUUUUCUCCGGAAGAGAGCGAAGAUCCAUGCCGACUUGGUGAGCAAAGAGAUUCGAGUAGCAACCGUCAGCCGAAAUCCAGAGAGCAGUGGUUCGUCCGAUAGUAGUUCAAAACCAAACACUCGACAUUCACCUGCUGCGGUUAUCGAGAGAGACGAUGUCCACAGCCAUCAAAACCUUAGCAGUAGUGUCGUAGCGUACAAGAAGUUCAAUGACUCUGCAGUUCAGUCAAACUCUGCAGGUCCUUCAAAUCACAUCACCCUGCGAACGUACCCGACAAGAGAAACACCUUCGAAUUUAGACUCAGCAGUGACAAACAUGUCGCAGAAAUACAGAAAAACUCUUUCAAUGCAUUCAAACCUGACGGGGUCAGGGAGCCGUCCACACCCCGUUCCUGUUCCCGAGAGCCUUGAUCCAAGUGAACCGAAACUAUUCAGGAAGAGAGAGGAGCACGAUUAUGGCAGAAGGACAACUCGCAUGCUCCUCAUCGUAACCAUAUAUUUCUUUGCCACAUGGACACCACUGAUGGUCAUUUCAAGCCUUAGGCCUUUUAUUCUUUUGGGAAUUGACCCGCGCCUUUUCACUUUUGUACAAAUUUUAUCUUCUCUGAGACUCACCAACCACGUUGUCAACUUCUUCGUGUACUACUUGGUCAGCAAGAGCUUCAGGAAAGACGUGAGACAGGCUUUCAAGCGGUACAGAUGCAGGGGAGCUAACUAA